UCCGGGCUACAAGAUGUCAACACCUCGGGAAGAGGAGGCUGCAGAGUACCUCAAAAAUCACAAAAUUGUAGAAUUAAUGAAUAAUUUAACUAGUAUGCUGUUCUUUUACAGACCAGAACGUCCAAGGGAAUUUCUGAUAUCCCACCUUGAACAAAUGAAAGCUUCCAGGGAUCGCGCCGUUGACAGUCCUUGUCUCUUUGAUAAUUCCAACUUGGACGCAGUUGUUGGGAUUCUGGAUCCAGCAAAUCAAGGGCACAUCACUUACGCUCAGUACAAAGAGGCACUGAUGACACUUGGUAUCAAGAAUUUCAACGAGUGUCCCGAGGGUCUUGAAAGCAACAGGAUUUCACAUGAAACAUUCAAAAGAGAAGCGAAGGAGGGCCUUGUCAGAAGUGCAGCAACAUUCCAGACAUAAAUAUUUGUCCCUUACUUACGUAGAUAUAAUACCUUGGUCCUGUGUAGCAGAAAUAAGAUUAUUAACAUGUAAUUGUUUUGAAAUAAAUGUGUUAUCUUCCAUG